AGAGAUCAGGUCGCCCGCCCGUUUGGCAGCUGAUAUCGGCGGCGUGAUGGUGGGCAGGAGGAGAAGCUGGUGUUUGAUAAAAGCGCUUUGGUGAUCAGAAAGCUGGGCCGUCAAGGCUUGGGGGACCUGUGACUUGUGCGACCUCGCUUGUUGGAGUUGUUCGUCAACAUGUUUCGAUGGCGGAAGCGCUCGUCCUCGUCCACGCUUGGCACUCAGCGAAGCACCUCCAUGAGCAGUUUGGGUAGCGUCCAGAGCUCGCAGAGUCGCUACAGCACGGCCAGCACCGUCAGCCGUGUGACCGUGGCCCCAGCUCUGGCAACCAUCGACGGAAUUAGUGCCAGUCUUGAGCGCGAGCGCCUAGACACGGGCACCAUUACCUCGGCACCCAACGUACGAACAUGGGAGACCACGGUCGACGCCAAGGUCUUGGCACGUCUCUCUGAUCUUGAAAUUUCUCGCCAGAAAGUGAUUUAUGAACUCAUACAGACCGAACAAGACUACUUGCGAGAUUUGGUCAUUAUUCGUAACCUAUUUCGUCAACCCCUGGUGGAUCAAAAGGUAUUGUCGGAACAGAUGAUCACCAAGAUCUUCAGCAACCUCGACGAACUCCUUGCUGUCAAUGCCGACCUGCACGAGCGUCUCAUUGCACGGCGCAAAAAGGGAUUGGUCAAAAACGUGGGCGAGGUCUUUCUCGACAUGCUCAAGCACCGACGUUUUCAAGCCUAUGUUCAAUUCUGUACAAAUCAGGGUCCAGCGUGUAAGCUCGUGGAAAAGCUUCGACGCCAACACAAGGGCUUUGCGGCAGCCAUGCGCGCGGCUGAGCAACAUGUGGAGGAGGCACGGGGGUUUGACCUUACCAGCUUUCUUCUCAAGGGCAUGCAACGAUUGCUCAAGUACGGCCCGCUGCUGACUCAAAUUCUUCGGUACACUCCGGAGGACGCCCACCAAGAGCGCAGCCAGUUGAGCCUUUCAAUCAGCCUCUUGGAUACUUUUGCCAAGGAGGUCAAUGCUCAAGCCAGCGAGACGGAGCUGAGCGAACGCUGGGAAGAGCUGAAGACAGCGCUCUUAUCCGCUGGCGUUGAAGACGUCCUUGUUCGCGAGCUCCUGGCCAGCGACACGCGCUUGGUUCUCGAUGAGCUCGGCACCUUGAUUGGAGACGCCGGACGGAGCUGGCCCAUUCGACUGCUAAUCACGACACAUGCACUGCUGGUCUUGGACCGGGAAACGCAGCUACCCGCAGCCGGUCCAGGCGUCGAGCACGUGCUCAUCCCGCACGAGGUCGUGCGCGAAGCUUCCCUUCGUGCCUCCGCUUUGGAAGGCAGCAAGCAGCGUUCUCUGCUGGCGGUAGAGUAUGAGUCACCUGCCACAUCAAAUUCGUCUGGACCAACGCUUUCUAGCAAAGCCCGCUUUGGGCUAGAUGCACCGCGUGAUCGGGUCCAGGACGAUGAGCGCUUUGUACUGCGUAUCGAUUUUCAGCUGCGCAGCCGGGCCGAGAUGGUGCUGCCACGCCUGUUACAGGUGCGGCGCCAACGCGAGGAUGACCUCAUAGCACAGCGUCAGAUGGCUGCCGUGCGUGAGGGUGCCAGUCUCGCCGCACGCCCUGCCACCCUGGAUCUGGUCAUUCGCAGCACCAGCCAUAGCAGUCUCGUAGGUCCAGCUUCAAGUCAAGCCAGCACCAUAGGUCCCCUGGGAUCACCGCCACCCUUGCUGCUGGAGGGCGAGCCGGCGGGCCGAGCGUCUAGCUCGGUCGUCGACGAUGCGCCUACCCCCGUGCCUGAUUGGGAGAUUGAGUUUACAGAUGAGGCGGAGACUGAUGCUUGGGACAUGUAUACCAUGCGGAACGUGCGCUUAGUCUUGGGACCCUUUGGAUUUGGCAUGACGCUUUUGGGCAAAAGGCCCGUGUUUAUUCAGGACGUGGAGCCGGACAGCCCGGCGGCUCGGGCCGGCUUGCGAAUGGGCGAUGCUAUUCUGAGUGUCAAUGGCCAGGCGUGUGAAGACAUGGAUCACAGCCAGGUCAUUCAGCUCAUCAAGCAAGCGUUGCCAUGACACGUGCCGCCGUUUGGAUCG